ACACUCAGAAUUGCGGAGGCACCCGUCUCUGCUGUAACUAAGCUGGCCUUCUUGUUUUUAUUUACCACGCCACUGAAACGAAGCGCGGGAGAAUUUGUGAGCUUUUUGGGAAACGCCGUAAAAGAAAAGGGGUGGAGCCAAACAGUUGGGUGACCCGGAAAAAGAAGUGAUUUCCCACAGACGGAGUGCUGGGGAGCGUCAGCGGCAACCGCAGUGGUAGAAGCAGCAGUUUGUCCGUGUGCAGCCCCAAACUAGGAAGAAGAUGCUAAUUAAAGUGAAGACGCUGACCGGAAAAGAAAUUGAAAUUGACAUUGAACCCACAGACAAGGUGGAGCGAAUCAAGGAGCGUGUGGAGGAGAAAGAGGGAAUCCCCCCACAGCAGCAGCGACUCAUCUACAGUGGCAAACAGAUGAAUGAUGAGAAGACAGCAGCUGAUUACAAGAUCCUAGGCGGUUCAGUCCUCCACCUGGUGUUGGCUCUGAGAGGAGGAGAUGGCCUUAGGCAGUGAUGGACCCUCUCUCCAUUUUACCUCCUUACCCUGUCACUCAUAAUGAGGCAUCAUAUAUCCUCUCAUUGUCUAGGACCCCAGAACCACUGUCCCCUCCCCUGGAUGCCCAGGCUUGUGUAUCUACUGGUGGGAGACUGUGAGGAUCCCAGGAUGCAGUGUUCCUGGCACAAAGGGCCCUUGCUGGCUGUUGGGUUUUAAUUUGCAGUCAUGUGCACUCCCCUCUCUUACGGCUUUGUCCCUGGUUGUCAAUAAAACAUUUCCUGGCC